CACUACUUCAUAGUAGCCCAGUCGCAUGGUUCGUCCUGGUCAGGUGUAUCGUGUGGCAGUGUCUUUCUUCAGACAAUUCAUCCUCUCACUGUACGGGCUUCCAUACAAAGGAACGGUGUGGAGAUGAGUGCUGAUAAUAGGAGAUUCCUCCAACUAGUGUACCUGGAAAUUACAAAAUUGCGUGUUGAAGGAACUUACGAUGGAUUGCUUGGAGGGAUUGCAUUUGUUAAUGAAACAUACAUUACUUUCUCACAACGGUCUAUGACAAUUUUUUGGUACAGACUGACAAGCCCUUUAUAUGCAAGGACAAACAGAAUAUGCAUCCAAAUUGGAUUGGGAGUAAGCACCUUUGCAUCAAAGCAAGAGGCAAUGAGAUUUCGAGCAAUACCUAUCAACACUGAACUACGUGCUUUUAAUGAUGCAGUUGAUGUAUAUAUGUCCAACUUAGGAACAGUAAGCUUAGAAUACACAUGUCUGACCAACCUGUGUUUGGCCAAUGGAUUAUUCGAGUUGGAGAAUACG